GAAGAGUGACCUGCAGCGAGCAUGACAUCACUGGCCAACGCCAUUGCUUCCCAGCAGUCUGAGUGGGUCUCUUUCAGUGAUGGGCUGCUCCUCCCAGUUACCUCCCAGGGUCAUCCUGUGGAAUCUCUUGAGCAGUUUCUCUCCUCAUCUGAUACGUCCUCUGAAGGCGUUCAAAACCUGGAUGGAGAAUUUCAGACUCUUGCCCAAGCUGAGCUGGGAGACUCAAUGGACAAAGCGACUGCAGACCUUGCAUCAAAAUGUUCACUUGAAACCCAUCCAUCUCCAAAACUUGAUUUAUCUUCAUCCUUCAGCACCUGGGUCCAGUUUGAAGAUGCCCCCUGGACCAGCACUUCACCCGAGCACACAGCCCUUUCUCCAAGAACCGCUUGCUGGACAUAUCUCUCGUCAGAAUCUUCUGAGAAACGACCUGUUACCUCUGACAGUAGCUGGACAGCUACUUCUGAGAAUACCAGCAGCCCAAGUAUGACCCCUUCCUAUACAGAUCUGCAGUCUGUAAAUACAGAGGACCAGACCAGUGGUGGAGUGUCUGCAGCAGACUCAACUGACAAUUCCUCAUCUUUUCCAGAAGAUGAAGAGCUAGGAAUGGAGACUCCCAGCUGGCAGCUGAAUGGCUCGUCCUUUAAUGGCCACAGUGAAAACCUCACCCCAGCUCAUUUCCCCAGCUGGGUGACUUUUGAUGACAAUGAAGUCAACUGUAUUUUUCCACAGACUUUACCCCCCGUGAAAUCAGACAUCCCACCCACAGUGACUCCACCAGUUGCACCAACAGCAGCAGCAACAGCAGCAGCACAGGCCCCAGAUGCAAACUCGAAGCUCCUCUCCUCAUCUUUUAAAAAGAGGGAACGUCCCAGGAGCACACUAGGUGACCUCUCCAAAGUUCAGAAACUAGACCUUUCCUCUGUAACCAGGUUGCCUUCGGUUGGUGGUACACCCCCCUGGAGUGCUACUAACCCUUUCCUUGAUGAAUCUCUGAAAGAUGUUCAACCUUCCCCUAUCAACCCAUUCAGCUCUUUCUUUGAGGAACGAGAGAGGCGCUCCCAGUCUGGCUCUAUGUCUGGUGCCCCUGGUAAAAAUCAGAGAGAUUCCCUCAUUGUCCUCCAUCAGCAGCCUGACACCAUCAGCUUCAAUGAGUCAAAUAAGCACCUAAAGCACAGAGAUGCUGUUGAACAACUCAAGCAACUCCAGAUUGGGGAUCCAGAUGAGCUAAGCAGUUCUGCUCUGCCUGAUGAUGACCCCACAUUGCCAUCUCAGCUGGAUGGCACUUUAUCCAGCUUGGGGCCACCUCAGAGUAAGGAUGGUUGGCCAAUGAUGCUGAGGAUACCAGAGAAGAAGAACAUCAUGUCCUCUAGACACUGGGGGCCAAUUUAUGUGAAGCUGACUGAGGGUGGGUAUGUGCAGCUUUUUUAUGAGAAGGGGCUGGAGAAGCCCUUCAGGGAAUUCAAGCUUGACAUCAACCAUGAGAUUUCAGAGCCCAAGCUUCAGAACUAUGAUGAGAAUGGUAGGAUACACAGUGUGAGGAUAGACCGUACCACCUAUAAGGAGAAAAAGAAGUACCAGCCAAAGCCAUCUGUCACUCACACAGCAGAGAGGGAACAGGUUAUAAAGCUUGGUACCACUAGUUAUGAAGACUUCCUCAGCUUCAUCAGGGCCGUCCAGGAUACACUAAUGGAUUUGCCCACCUCAUCAACAGACCUGAGCACAGUGGGACUAAACUACCAAGAAGAGGAAAUCACUGUGGAUGUAAAGGAUGAGUUCUAUGGCAUCUUGGCCAAAGGGGACAACAGGAUUCUGCAGCACAAUGUGUUGACGAGAGUGCACGUUCUCACAUUCCUUUCUGGCUUGGCAGAAUGCCGGCUAGGCCUCAAUGAUAUCCUAGUCAAAGGGAAUGAAAUUGUCUCAAGGCAUGAUAUCAUGCCCACCACCACCACCAAGUGGAUUAAGUUGCAUGACUGCCACUUUCAUGCCUGUGUGGAUGAGGAGAUGUUCACCAGCAACCGCGUAAUUCUAUUUAACCCCUUGGAUGCCUGCCGCUUUGAACUGAUGCGCUUUAGGAGUACAUUUUCUGAGAAGACAUUGCCUUUCACCUUGAGGAUUGCAGCCAGUAUCAGUGGGGCUGAGGUGGAACUCCAGAGCUGGCUGAUGAUGUCUCCAGGAUUCUCCUCCAACCGAGACCCUCUAAGUCAGGUUCCCUGUGAAAAUGUGAUGGUCUGCUACCCAGUGCCACAGGAGUGGGUGAAAAAUUUCCGUAGAGAAAGUGUCCUGGGGGAAAAGUCUUUGAAAGCAAAAGUAAAUAAGUGUGCCAGCUUUGGAUCCACCAGCAUUUCUGGUUCAGAGCCAGUAAUGAGAGUAACACUAGGAACUGCCAAAUAUGAGCAUGCCUUUAAUUCCAUUGUAUGGAGGAUAAAUCGACUGCCUGACAAAAACUCUGGUUCUGGUCAUCCUCACUGCUUCUUCUGCCACCUGGAGCUUGGUUCUGACCGGGAAGUGCCUUCCAGUUUUGUCCGCUAUGCGGAUGUGGAGUUUGACAUGCCAACCACUUCAGCAUCCAAGGCUGCCGUUCGUUCCAUCUCUGUGGAAGGCAAGACUGAUGUCAGGAAAUGGGUCAACUAUUCAGCACAUUACAGUUACAAGGUGGAAAUAGAGCAGAGAAGGAGCUUAAAUCCUGAUGUGAUGGGAGAGGAAACUGGUAAUGCCAAGGAAUGUGCUGUACAUUGAAGGUCUAAACCUGUGGUUUAGAAAGUACAAUCAACAGGCCUUGUGGAAGAGAAGAUACAGAACCUCCUUCGUGCUGUUGGAAGAGCAGGGAAGCAUUUGGAGUGUCUAGAUCUCUUUGCCUACUGCAACUGUAUUUAGAGUGGAAGCUCUUUUGAGAUUUGUUUACAAUACCCUGGUGGCUUUGAUAGAAGCUCACUUAAGUGUCUAGAGACUUACAAUUCAUUCAAGCCUGCCUUCACCCCUACUGCUAAUCUUGCCAUAAUGAGAUAAUGGUGGUUCAACAUAAGUUCAAGCAUAAGGUGUGCACCUAGCCUGGGUAACAAUAUAUUGACGUGUCCUUGAAAACUGGUAAUUCAGUCCUGGGAAGAGCUCUUCUGGAUGGUCUGCAAUAGCACUGAGGAAGAUGGAGGUAUCGGAGAUAAACUUUUCUUUAUGAGCUGUCCAUAUGAUAGGAGCAUGAUACAACCACGAUACAACAGCCUUCCCUCUAAACUAAUAUAGACUCAGCUACUGAGAAUUCCAAUAAAUGGAACCUCUGAGAAUUCCAGUAACUGAACAACAAUUGAAUAAACAAGUAAAUUUUCCCUCCAUCUAAAAUGGAACUUUUAAUUAUCUCACAUUUUCUUUGGGUUAUGAUAGGUCUUCAGAAAGCUACCUUAAGCCACUUAGACUGAUGC